UCCGCAUAUCGGUGUUGCUCUUUUUUCGCUCCUAACAAGCUCUGCUCGAAACAACAUACUACUAUCGUAUGUAAAAUAAUACUAGACUGGGAGCUCACCACCAGCAAUGGCGCUUUCUCAGCGCCCAGCAUCUCGCUUUUUUGCGGCCUUCUACAGAUGGAAUUUACAUACGCAACCACCGCAUUCAUGCAAUUUCUCCUCUCGAUAUAGUGCACAAGGCAGGCGACACCCUUCCAGCAGCUACCUACGACAGUACCACGCGACCCGUCUUCUCCGCCAGCAAGGUCAGCCAGAAUCACAAUUGCAGUGUGAGAGGACAGUUUCUGCCAGUGGAGACACUCAGGACGAUGCAACAGUAGAUACAGAUCAAAUAGUUGAGGGUCGGCCGGCUACUGCUACGCAAGAGGAGGCAAAUACUAUACAACAAGUCUCGUCCACAGAGGGUGAGGAAUCGCCGACUGAGUCUUUCGAACCGGAUCUAGAGCAACAAGAGCUCAAGGAGGCAGUUCGCGUCUUAUUGCGCAAGGUGCCCAGCUCGGUGGCCAUCAUCACCGUAGAAAGUGUCGACCCGCAUACCAAAAAGCAUGUCCCUAUGGGGGUUGCUGUUUCGUCACUGACUUCGGUUACUCUCGACCCACCAACCAUUUCUUUCAACAUAAAGCAGCCUUCGAAGACACUAGAUGCCAUUCGAGCUGCCAAUGGCCUCUUCCGCGUUCACUUCCCAGGGGCUAAUCUGGGAGGCGCAAAUGUAGUUGAGCACUUCUGCCGCGGCAACCAUCCCGAUGCAUACGAUUUGCGUCUCAAAGACCUGAAGAUCUUCGUACCCUCGGAUUGGAAAGAUGUGAGAGCUACGGUAUCUCGAGCGCCGCAAAUUUGGAAUGACUCUAUAUGCGCAGCAAUGGAAUGCGCAGUGACUCACGAGUUUCCUGUAGCUGACCAUGUCAUCAUUGCUGCUAGAGUCGGUAGCCUGGAACAGAAAACAUUGAGGGAUUUCACCAUCGUGUACGUUGAUGGAAAAUACACGCGUUCCGAUAGUACAAUCGCUCCUCAUGGUAGACCCAAGAUCUCUGCGCAGAGCGAAGGCAGCUGGUCAGUGUGGGACUUUCCGUUGUUUCCAGGGGAGCAAGAGCGCAAAGAUUAUGUGGAGCAUAUCAAGACAACCAUCAAGGACAAUCCAGCCUACCUCGACAAGCCUGGUAAAGAAGCCUAUCGAGAACUUCAACUUGAACUCCCCUAUCCUCCGAGCAAUUUUGGUAUCAACAUAUUCAACCUUCUUGCGAAAUGUAGGCAGGAUGCGCGCCGCAAAAACUUGCCCCGGUUCAAACAGGAGACUAUGCCUAUCCUCUUUGAUUUCUAUGGAAGGCUUAGUCCUUCCACUGUGGAUAAGAUCUUGAAUCGCGCGAGUCAAUUUGUCAGAGAAGACCCUAGUUUUUUAUCUCUGAACUACAGAGUAUUUCUUGAGCAUCUAAGUGUCAAUUCCGGUAGUAGGGAUUUUCUUCCUAGCGACAUCAUGACUUCCUUACGAGCGGAAGGGCUUGUUAGCGAGUUCAAGUCGAGCAAGAGGAGCCAAGGACCAAGCAGCGGGAGAAACUAUGAUAUAAAGAAGCUCGAGCAAGUCGAACACCAGCUGCGAGAACACUUGCGUACUCUGACAUAUGGGAAAGCCUUAGACAUUCGUUUCGAAGAUGUCUUGAGGCUCCUCGGCGAGGACACGGCUGCGGCCACCUACUUCAAGAGAUGCCGGUCGCGCCUCCUUGCCGAGAGUCAUCCUCAGAAAUAUAAUGAUCCAAAAGUCGACAUUGUGGGCGAAGUUACUCAAGAAGAAGCACGUGUGGUCCUGAGUCGGGUCAUCACGUUCCUUCAGAUCAGAAACCUUUUCAAUUUCCGAAAAAACAUCAACCAAACUCCAUACGAGAUGUUACGUGUCAAUGGUGUGCAUCCCACGAUCACGGGAAUGGACAUCGAGUACCUCUUUGGCAAGAUCAAGCACUUGUACUAUUCAACACGCUUCUUCCGUGACUUUGCGGGAGCCAUUAACAACAUGCUGGAGCCUUGGUUCGACAAUACGGUCAGCUGGGAUGAUCUUGAUCAGCGCGUCAAGAACUUCGUCAAGAAGACUCCAUUGCGGGCCACAUCGUGGUCGAAUAGGGACAAGCUUGCGGCCAUGGGCCUCGACUGGGGAGCUACUGUCAUGGUACCUGUAAAGAACAUGGUAAAGAAUCAGCAACCGCUCAAUAAAGGCCUUAUCCUCGACACACUAGUCGCUAAAGAGCUUAAAAACCACUAUGGUAACGGCACAGAGGAGGAAAACCGAGGAAUUGCCAAAUAUCUGAAGGAGGUGUACAACUUCGAUGUUGAUAGUAGACCAAUCGCACGGGCGGCACAGAGUUCGGUAAACCGGUCCUCGAGCGACGAUUUGCAAGAAGCCAUGAUGUCGAGCCUGAACAUGGAUCGCAGAAGCGGGCAUCAGAACCUCUUUAGAAAACACAGUGUUGAUCAGCGUAAGCAGCCCCGGCAAGAGAGUUCAUCGAAGCAGAGUACGGACACGGAAUGGACCAAAUAUUCACUAGGGGAAAACAAUUGAGGUGGCAUGAAGGGACUUGUACGAAUACUCAUAGCAUACUUAUGACACACUCGCGGCACCUGCUCGGCGAUCUGUAUUAUAUAUCAAGAAUUUGUGACACACUGCUUGAAUGCAUUCCUCAAUCCC